AUGCAACUGCCCACCGUCGCCCAGGUCAUUAUCCGCCGUGGUCACGUUUUGGAUGAAGAGGUCGAAACCUUUUCAGCAUUAAAUCUUGCCCAACAACUGCUGCUGUUGCGCGCCGUCAAGUCUCAGGCACUCAGUCAGGAUGAAGCCGAUACAGCAGCGCGCGAGCUCAAUGCACUGGUGAAACAGCCUGACAACCCUGAGGCCCAAACCGCGCUCAACCAGCGUAUGACCAAUCUUGAACACUUGGUUAAAGCUGCCGAGGAUGCCCCACCCUCUGCCCGAUUGUCUGCCGGCGCCAAACCAGCUUCUGCAGCCGACGCUGAUAUCGAUCAACUCGACAAUGUUCAACGGCGAGCCGUUUUACAAUCUGUGGCUUCGGGCGCUUUGCCAGCUGGGGAAGCUCUUGAUCUGAUGAAAGAUUACUUAGACGUGGAGCUGAAGCGGACUGCCAAGUCGGCCUCCACCACCCCAAC